CACGUGAAGCAAACAAACUGAAGAAUUUGUCAAAACCUCAGAAAAAAUAAGAAAUUUAUGGAGUUGUUUUUGUAUUUAUCAUAGAAAUGGGCUUUUGAUCAUCAAGAUAUUUUAUUGCAGAACAAAAUGAUAACUUGUUUAGCGUGGGUUAAGAGAGGAGCGGCCAAAGAAAAUCCAGAUAAGGUUACUCUGUCCAAAGAAGAACUAAAAGAAGUCAUUGACGAUGCUAGAGAAAGACUAAGGGAGAAAGAAGAGGAGCAAUCACAAGAAAAGAAUAAAAACAAAGACAAAAGAAAAAAAAGUGAUGAUAAUGAUGAUGAUGAUGAUGACAUACAAGAAGAUGAAAUAAAAGAUAUUUUGAAUGAGUACGAUUUAGAAAAUUAUGAUGAUGAUGAAGAAGAAGGUAUACGAAUGGAAGGAGCAGGAAUGGCUGGGCUUUCCUAUUAUGCAACCAAUGAAGAAGAUCCUUACGUUCUUAUAAAAGAUGAGCUUGAUGAAGACAAAGAUGAUUUUACAAUAAAAAGCACAGAUAAUYUGGUCAUAACGGGACAUGUAGAUGAUGAGUUUAGCAACCUUGAAAUACUCUUGUGGAAUGAAGAAGAUGAUAAUUACUACGUCCAUCAUGAUAUUCUCAUGGACUCAUUUCCAUUAGCACUAGAGUGGAUGGACUUUGAUCCUGAUGGCGGAAAUAGCCCAGGUAACUUUGUUGYUGUUGGAACCAUGGAACCCUUCAUCAAUAUCUGGGACUUAGAUGUGAUUGACAGUUUAGAGCCAGCAGCCACUCUUGGCAGGAAUAUCAGAAAUGUUCUUGCCAGUGGUUCUGCAGAUUSUACAGUUAUCCUAUGGGAUAUGGCUCAAGCUAAAGCUGUUCAUGUAUUAAAUCAUCAUAAAGACAAAGUCCAGUCUCUAGAAUUCCAUCCAUAUGAACCACARUCUUUGCUCACAGGGUCAUUAGAUAAGAGAGCAAAAGUUGUUGACUGUAGAAGUCCAGAGAGUAAUAUCAAGCAGUGGAAGUUCAAUGGAGAGAUUGAAAAAGUUAUUUGGAAUCAUUUUUCACCCUUUCACUUCUUGACAAGUACAGACAAUGGCUUUGUAUAUUUAUGUGAUGUAAGGACAGACUCUCCYGUGUUCACCUUACAGGCUCAUGACAGUGCUAUCGGUGGUCUUUCCUUGAGCUCUCAAGUUCCUGGUUGCUUAGUUACAGCCUCUGCAGAUGGUGCAGUUAAAAUAUGGGAUAUUAAGGACAAUAAGCCUGCUUUGAUUUUGUCCAGAGAAAUGCAAAUGGGUCAUAUUUUGAACACUUCUUGUUGCCCUGAUACUCCAUUUGUGUUUGCUCUUGGUGGAGAGAAACAGGGACUACAGUUGUUUAACAUCAUGGAAAGUGCACCGGUUCGUCGUCACUUUGAAGGAAGAGAAAGACUUGCUAGAGUGAGCAAAAAGGUCCAGCAAGAGAAUAAUGAUAUUGUGGAAAAAGAUGAGGUUAGUAAAAACAAUGAAGAGACUGAAGAAGCUGAAGAACCAAUGGAAGAAGAGGCUGCCACAGCCUCCGCCAUGRCACAAUUAAGUAUAGGAAAGAAAAAGAAGAAAAAGAAACGAAAAUGAAUUAAAAAAG